AUGGGCGCACUUACCCCCGUGUUUCUCUUUCUUCUCUUUCUCUCUGCCCAUUCUGAUGAAAGUUCUAAGUUGGAUUCAUCAUGCUUUUCAUCCAUUCCGAUUUCCAACUCGGUUACUGCUCUCUACGUGUUUGGGGACUCCACCGUUGAUGCCGGCAACAACAAUUACGUCCACAAAGCCGCAAGGGCUAAUUCGUUGCCUUAUGGCAUUGAUUUCAACAACACUCCCACUGGCCGUUUUACCAACGGAAAAACUAUUGCUGAUUUCAUUGCGAUAUUAUACAAUCUUUCACUACCCCCUCCGUAUUUGAGCUUGAAGGAAGCACAAAGGAAGACUGCCAUGAACGGCAUCAAUUAUGCUUCUGCUGGGUGUGGUAUCUUCCCCAACACCAAACCAACCGGGGUGAAAUAUUUGCAACUUUUCUUGCUUCUUGUGAAUUCUCUAAAUCUGAUUCGUGGGGUUCACCACGGGUUUCGUUUCGAUAAUCUGAAUCGCUUAUUAUGCAGAGUUCUUCGAUGUCUGAGGAAGUUGAGAGUUGUUUGGCAUGAUCAUGCCAUACAACUCUCAACUUCUCAGACACUAAAAAAUAUCCAGGAUGAAUAUCCUGAUGCUACCCUCACUCUGGCCAACAGCCGUGAUCUUCUUCAAGAUAUAUUGGCAGACACUGAAAAAUAUGGGUUUACAGAUGUAAAAGAUCCGCGUUGCGGAACCUAUGUUAAUGGGGAACUAGCUUGCAUCCCAAACUCUACACCAUGUGACAACAGAUGUCAAUAUCUCUUCUUUGAUGCCAGCCACACCAGUGAAUUUGCAAAUUGUAUCUUUGUUCGAGACAUGCUUAUUAAGGAUUGAGGGUUCAACAAGUUUGCUAGUUUAAUUUUAAUUAUGAGUGGUGUGGUAGUAAGAGUAUGGCAUGAAAACAAGCUCUUGUCUCUGCUGAAGUUAUUAUGGACACUUAAAUGAUGCAAUUAAAUAAUCUACCCUUAAUCUAAACUUCAUUCUUC